CGUUCCAAGCCCCGGCCUUCCGCUGGCAAAAGAAGCGUUCGGAAAGGAUCUGAGUAUCCCGUCUGGGGGCGGGGAAUAAAGUCGACAUGGAGGUGGGGAUCCAAAGUCCCAAGCGGAGGAAUCGGAUGGAGCGCUCGGAACCAGCUGCUGGGUGUCAGGGGUUGAGAUCCGAGCCCAUUUUUGCCUGUCGCUCACCCUGAGGGACAGAUGAAGACCCGGGGCAUUAGCCUUCCGGUGGGUGUGCAGAGGUGAGAGGGCAGUCUAGAGUUGAAACAGGGAGGCUCAUUUCCUCGCAAGUGCGCCAGGUCUACGAAACGCUGUGUCCCAGUCAAGGCAAGAGACAAGCAAAGCAGAGGGCGGCAAACCGCACCCCCGUUUUUGCACGCGUCCGCUUCUCACGCGUGCUGAAAGCUUCCUAUCAAGCCAAGCUUCAGAGGAUGCGCCGCCCGAUUGCUGGACUCGGCUCCCUUUCAGCGGACCGGAGGAGGGGCGGAGUUAAAAUCUCUUCGCCGCCGCUGCUGCGCCACACAUUCCUCUCUUCUUCCCUCUCCCUCACCCUUCCUGGCCAAUGAAGAGGGAGCGAAGCAGCCACGUGGGUCCGGGAAGGUUCCGAGCUUGGCAAAACGCGAAUGAGAAAGAAGAGCGCGAUUCAAAGGUACCGCCGACACUCGGGAGUGCGAGAGGAAGCGCGCGCUCGGCGUCUGGCUCUCCGAGGGCCCCAGGAGAGCGCGAGCGCCGCGGGGCGGAGAGAAGGCAGGCAGGCCUUUCUGGGGAAGCGUCUCGAGUCGGGUUGGAUCGCGGCUCAGGGCAACCCGCCCCGAUGUCUCCGUGCUGCGGCCAGGGAGACCCAACUUUGACCCUCUGUUGCCCAGUCCAGGCGGUCCCCUACGCCCCACGCUGCCGUCACCAACGCCGCCGCCACUCCCCGUCCUUCUCGUCCCCGGCCACCACCUGGCCCUAAAGCGACUAGGCCGCCCUGUCUGCUUCUUGUCUCCCGCGCCUCCUUGGCCAAUAGCGCCUCUAUGAGUGCAGCUUUUCAGCCGUCGCUCAUGAUGAUGCCGCGCCCUUUGGGAAGCAGCACUGCCUUCAGCAUAGACUCGCUCAUCGGCAGCCCGCCUCAGCCUAGCCCGGGUCACUUCGUCUACACGGGCUAUCCUAUGUUCAUGCCCUACAGGCCAGUGGUCCUGCCGCCGCCGCCGCCGCCGCCUCCACCACCCCCGGCCGCUAUGCCUCAGACCACGCUGCCGCCCUCACACCCUCACCAUCAUCAGAUUCCCAGCCUACCCACCAGUUUUUGCUCCAGUCUGGCACAGGGCAUGGCUUUAACUUCCACCCUCAUGGCCACCCUGCCGGGCACUUUCUCGGCUUCUCCGCAGCAUCAAGAGGCGGCAAGAAAGUUUGCACCACAAGCUCUCCAGGGUAGUUUUGACAAGGUGGAUGCCAUUCAAGCAGAAGCUGAAGACGGCAAGGCAUUCUUGGCCAAGGAGGGCUCACUACUGGCCUUCUCUGCCUCCGAAACAGUGCAGGCUUCUCUCGGCACCACACGAGCAGCCUCCGGAAAAGAAGACGCCAAAGUGGACGAUGAUUCGAAAGGCAAAGAGGAAAGUUUCUCGCUAGACAGCGAUCUCGAUUAUAGCUCUGACGACAAUCUGCCGGGUCAAUCGGUUCACAAGGAAGACGAUGCUGGCAACGGCCUGGAGGAGAGCAGUCAGAGCUCGGCGAACACAAACAGUACCACCUCAACGGGAAAAAAUCGCCGGCGGCGAACGGCCUUCACCAGCGAGCAGCUGCUGGAACUGGAGAAGGAAUUCCACUGCAAGAAAUACCUUUCUCUGACCGAGCGAUCCCAGAUCGCGCACGCCCUCAAACUCAGCGAAGUGCAGGUCAAAAUCUGGUUCCAGAACAGGAGAGCCAAGUGGAAACGGGUGAAGGCGGGCAAUGCCAAUUCUAAGACCGGGGAGCCGUCCCGAAACCCGAAGAUUGUGGUGCCUAUCCCAGUCCACGUUAGCCGGUUCGCAAUCCGGAGUCAGCACCAGCAACUGGAGCAGGCCAGGCCGUGAGCGGAGACAAAUCUGACCGAGGUCCCCCCCCCCCGAGCCCCGAUCUCUUCUUCCCCUCACGCGCACAAUAAUCCUCUCCGCCCCUCCCCCGUCCGUCCGCAGCCCCCCAAAUCGGGGCACAAUAGAGAAUUUUUCACUCACCAAGUGAAGCGAACCGCUAACCAAACGAAGUAGGCUGAAAUGCAUUCAUAAACCAUCCGUCAGAAAACUCGUGUCAUAUUUCCAGAAGGUGUAUCAAAAGACUCGGAGGAACUAUUUACAUAUUUAUGAAACUGUCCAACUGUGUAUAUAAAGAGCUGGAUCUCAGCUGCUGCAUUUUGACUGUGAUGAGACCAAUGAGCAGUGAGGUGAAGUCUUACAUUCCAAAAGUACAUUUUAUUGUCAAAAACCGCAGAACAUUUCAACGGCUCUUCUCCUCCCACUAUUGGGAUUAUUCUCCUUUCCCAAUUCUUUUAAUGAAAGAAGGGGGAGAAAACUACCAGUUUAACUUGUACAGCUGCUGCUUCUUCCUCUUCUUUCCGUCCACCCUCGCCCACCUCCUCUCCAUUUUUUCAAGGGGGAGCGAUGGAGAAGCAAAUGAGAUAUUCUUCCGGUGCAUCUCCGUCCCCCCUCCCGGCCCCUUAUUCUAAGCCACUUUUCUCCUCUCUCUUUUCUUUAAAUGCACGAGUUUUUUCUAUUGUGUUGAAUUAAUUUAUUUCAAAUGUAAUUUACUUUUUUAAAGUUAUGCAAAUGAAACAAAACAUAAUGAUGUUGUGAA